GAAAGGGACGCGAUGAUUGCGGAAAGCCGAGGAAAGAGCGAGAAGAGCCGAUCGUGGGUUUCGGGGGUGGUCGGGUUGCCAUGGCAGCUGCCCCGGCCGGGUAGCAGACCCCAGUCUUGCCGCGGCGGUCGCCGAGUGCGCACGGCUCCAUUCCUUGCCCGCUUCUCGUUCGUCUGGUCGGUGAUAUACUCGGUGAUAUAUGCCCGGUUUUGCUCGUGGCUCGGUUUUAACCCGGUUCUGGUGAAUAAGUCUGUAUAAGUGAUCAACGGAGGAGGCUGGCAAGUGCGCGCGACCGAGUUAACAGUUGGAUGCCAACCGUGAUCCAACGACAUCCAGUAGAAUAAAAAAAGAAACACAUACACUUCUGAAAGAUUGUCAAUCCUCGACAACCGAGGGCGAGAGAAGAAGGGCUCGAGACAGUUGACCAGACGGGGGUGAGACAGUUCUGCCCUGUCUCACCCUGUCCAUCAUCCAUCCAGGACCACGUUGGGCCCUGGUUAGCUCGGGUGAGCCGGGGCGGGGGGGAUGGUGCAGACGGUGGGGCGCGGUGAAAAGUGACGAUGGGCCCGCGCGGGGCUCUUUGCGAGCCAGCAAAGACGUGGUGCGCGGCGUCGAUCGUUCGUCGAUGCUCGACGAUGCAGUGAAGAUCGUGGAGAAGUGAAAGGACGGGAGGUACGAUGCAUCACUCCGGCGGAACCGGUUACGGGACCGGUCCCCAGGAGAGGGUGCACCAGGCGCCGCAGCGAGCGGCCGGCCAACCUGACAAGUGCCCGUACGAGACCUACCAGGCCCAGAUACCCGACUGCUGUGCGGCCGCGGCCGCGGUCCAGGACCCGUACCCACGCCCGCCCAGCGGAUAUGAUGCCAGGUGCUACGACGAGUGUCAUCGCAGGACCCCCUACCAGGAGGACGCCUAUCCUCAGGAUGUACCUCCAAGCUUCCAUCGGCCCCAGUCCAGGCUGGGAUACGAGGAGCGUCCCCAAUCUCGCGUGGGAUACACCUCGGAUUCCAGGUGCGCCAGCGGGCUCGGAUACGACGACACCGGUGGCGGAUACCUGGACCAGACCGACCCCAGGAUGUAUUGCACCAGUGGUUACUGCAUGGGCGAUACAAUGAUGGCGGCGAGCAGGGGUGUCUGCGGGGAGGAGGUCGAGUUGGACAUGAGGAGGCACAUCCAGGCGUGUGCCUGCACCUGCAACCACAUGGGCUACGGGAACUACAUGGACUAUCAGACGACGUGCCUAACAGAACUGCCAGACGUGGCACCGUGCAACGGCACAGUGCGACUGCCACCACCGUGCGAGGAUUCGCCGAGCAGCGGUAGCAGCAAAGAUCGGAGGGAAGAGAGUCCUCGCAGGAGGUGCCGAGUAUUGGCGCCCAUCUUGCUCCUAGUCGCGGCUCUCCUCCUCGGUGGGCUUUGUCUACCAUUGCUUCUGCAAUCCGCGCCUGUCACGCAUCAGCAGAGGCUGGACGUGAUCAGGAGGAUCCUCACUGAAGUGCCUCUGAUCGACGGGCACAACGAUUUGCCCUGGAACGUCAGAAAGUUCGUACACAAUCAACUCGGCGAGGUGAAUCUGAGCAGCGAUCUCGGAAGGGUUGAUCCUUGGGCCAGAUCGGACUGGAGUCACACGGACAUCCCCAGAUUACGAGCUGGCCUGGUCGGUGCACAGUUUUGGUCCGCCUACGUUCCAUGCGGUGCGGCACAGUUGAACGCGGUUCAACUUUCCUUGGAACAGAUCGACGUGAUCCGCCGCCUCGCCGAGAUGAAUGCUCAACAUUUAACUUUGGUUACCUCCGUAAAAGGUCUCAUCGAGGCUCAUCGAGAAGGGAAAAUCGCAAGUCUCAUAGGGGUGGAAGGUGGUCACUCCCUUGGAAAUUCCUUGGGUGUUCUCAGGACAUUUUACGGCCUGGGCGCGAGAUACCUUACCCUGACGCAUGCCUGCGACACUUCCUGGGCAGUCUGUUCAGUUGGCGAGACGAACAGUACCCAGGAUACGACGCCGGGCCUCAGCGAGUUUGGAAAGGCAGUUGUCAGGGAGCUAAACAGACUGGGAAUGCUAGUGGAUCUCUCUCAUGUCUCGACAAGGACUAUGAGGGCAGCCCUGCAAACGACGAGAGCGCCGGUGAUUUUCUCUCACAGUGCUGCCAGGGCACUCUGCAAUUCCACCAGAAAUGUGCCAGACGACGUGCUUAGAAAUCUGGCUAAAAAUGGCGGUGUGGCAAUGGUCCCGUUUUAUACAUACUUCAUAACGUGCAACAGUACAGCCACUAUAAAGGACGUUAUUGCGCACAUCAAUCACAUUCGAAAGGUGGCGGGGAUCAAUCACGUUGGAAUAGGAGCCGGCUUCGACGGGAUAAAUUUCACUCCUACCGGGUUGGAGGACGUUUCGAGGUAUCCUCAGUUGUUGGCAACACUGCUCGAGGACCCGACGUGGACCGAGGAGGAUAUCAAGAAGUUGGCCGGCCUCAAUUUGAUAAGGGUGUUCACCAAGGUCGAGCAGGUACGAGACGAAUGGCACAGAGCGGCAGUGUUGCCUGAGGAGAAGAUCAGUCCGCCGGACAACUCUGCCUGCGUCUACGGGGCGUCUUGAUCUUCUUUGAGGACGCUCGCAUCAGGAUUCCUCGAUUUUGUACGAUCGCCGAAGAUUCGACACGUCUCGUGGAACUAUAGGAGCAGCCUGUAAACGCGCGGGGAUUGGAUCGGAUCGCCUCACCCCCCCCUGAACAUCUUUUUCCGAGUUUUCCCGGGGAUCUCGAUCGCGCCUUACGAAGGAUGAAAAAUUGAGAAAGAGCGUGCACGAUCCAUCUGUGAGAACUGAUAAGAUCGAGGGCAUGUGCCGAACGAUCAUCUUCGGAACAAGUUCAAUUUUCUCGCUGAGUCUCCCAUUCCGUUCAUAAAUUAUUCCGAUUCCACGUCUCUGAUCAUUUUUCAACAGCUGGUAGAACUUUAACCAACUCAAUAAUUCGUGCAACAACAAUAAAUUAACCAUUUAUUUGCUGCUAUUUCAAUAGCUGGAUAAUACGUCCGUCCAUGUUCUCACGGAAUUAUUAUUUUUAAGAAUUUUUUUAUUUUUUUCUUCAACUUCAUUGUUAAUUGCAUUCGCAUAGAAAUCAGCUUCGAUAUUUUCUCGAUCAAAGUGUUUUUUCGAUCGAGAAACCGAGUCUGUUCUAAUUUAUUUGAAUAUAUUAUGGAAGAAAUAUUUUUUAGGAGAGAUUAUUAUUUAUUAUUAUUGUAUGGAAAUGUGAACUUGUUCCGAAGAAAUGCAUAGAACGAGUUUCUAAUUCGUAAGAAGAAAAAGCGUUCCUGAAUGAAUAACUUAUAACGAUGCGGACAAUCGAGGCGGCCAAGAAUGCUUGCUGGAAAAAGCAUUUAUUUCGUGGAUAUUCGUAAAGGGGGAAGGAAGGGAUAUCCUCCUGACAGAAUUUCAAUAAAUGUUUUUCGAUACUUCUACCUUGGAAUAAUUAUAUAAGAUCUGAAGCGAUGGAUACUAUAUUAAGUGGCAUGCAUUCAAAUGACGAGAAAGAUCUAUCAUUGAUCAUUAUUCAAAGAUCAAAUGAUUGAUAUUGUUUAUCGUAAAUUUAUUUUCUAAUUUAAUCAAUUAUUAAAUUUCCUCGAAAGGAAAUAAUUAAAAUAUCAAAUGAUGAAAAAAUGUUUUUUUAUCGAUAUUUUCUUUUGAUAAAUUUAUUCGAUUUAAAAAAUUUGAAGUCUCGUAGAAGAAAUUAUAAACAAAAAUAUAAACGAUCAUUUGAAUGCUUGCUCCUAAAGUAAUAUCAAUUUAACAAGUGCGCUUAAGACCAAGGAAUUAAACGAUGGAAGAUAAGAAGAAGAAAAAAGAAAAAAAAAAAGGGAAGAACUAGAAAAAAAAAAAAGAAUGGACGAGAUGAUGAUGAAACUUUUGUAAUAUU